AUGCCAACCGUCUGGUCGAUCGCGCGCGUCUAUGCGCUCUGCAUUGGUCUCUCGUACGGCCUACUGUCUAUUCAUCGGUCUCGGAACGAGGUCCAACCAAGCGAGGAAACUGCGAUUGUCUUGACCUUGAGCGGAGACGAGCGUCUCGACGAACUCCAUCGUGUCGCUUUUGAAUCUUUGCGCUCCAAUAUUGGAACAUUUAAACUUGUGGUAGUUCAAGAAGGAUCGAGCCGUGAGUGGCUCAAAAACUCGACUCGGCUCGAGUGGGUUGUGCACGCUUCUCCCGUUGACGAACGUAAAGCUUACGGACGAGCGUUUGAUCGAUUUUCUGGGAUAUAUGGCGCGUCUGUUAAGCCAGCCGCAAUCCGUUGGCUGUCAAAUAGUCUGUACUCCCGGGCGUGGAUUAUCGAGCCUGACACUGUGUUCACUGGAAAAUGGUCGGAACUGUUUGGCAAAUAUGCUGACGACCGGAGCGAUCUCAUCGCAUAUAACGUCACGUUUCGGUUUCAAAAUAGGACCUCAUGGAACCAUUGGCACGGAUGCACACUCUGUGGAGGGCUCGCAGAUUGGAAAAAGCAAGCGUCUUUGCUUCCAGCGUUUCGAAUCACUCGAACUCUCGCAGAAGCACUCGUCCUGCACCUUAGGACGACCAAGAUGAGCGGUCAUCACGAGGCCGUGCUUCCAACUUUCGUCACCGCUAACGCUGAACAUUUUUCUUGGUGCGAUCUCGCUCCUGACGUCGAAUACUUUCGCUGGCGCCCGGUGUGGGACGCUUCCAGACUCGCACUCCCAAACUCGCUUUAUCAUCCUGUGAAGUCGCCGGCGAGUUUUCGCCGGAUCUCCCCCUCGUUCUCUCUGAGCUGA